AAGUUUAGUCAGAAAACGGCAAGUUUUCUUUACUGACAAGGGUUAAAACGUCGGAUACAACGGAGUUAUUGUAUGCCCCCCUCCCCACAAGUGUUCCAUUCACUGCUAUACCAUGAGAGUGUUUAGGUGCACGUCAGCUCAGCUUUUGGCUCUGUUGAACAGAGAAGUCGCCCACACGCGUGUUCUCAGACGAUAUCUGCACGAUGGCAGACUGAGGGUGUCCAACAUGUUCCAGCCCAUGUCUACAAGACAGGGUAAAGUCACAGGAAGCAAGGGGAAGGAACUCACUUGCAAGAGCCAAAGGCUGAUGCUCCAGACAGGUCUGAUUCGGCAGGCCCACCCCGGAACAUUCCACCUGAUGGCUCCAGCGCUGCGGGCUGUGGAGAAACUGGUCAGGCUGGUGGACCAGGAGAUGGCCUCCAUCGGGGGUCAGAAGGUCGAGAUGCCCACCUUGACCCCGGGUGACCUGUGGAAGGCCACAGACAGAUGGGACACGAUGGGUACUGAACUAUUCAAGCUGCAGGACAGACACAAGGCUGACUACUGCUUAGGACCGACCCAUGAGGAAGCAGUAACAGAGAUUGUAGCUGCCCAGUCAAACCUGUCCUACAAACAGCUGCCCAUCAAAGUCUACCAGAUCACAAGAAAGUUCCGAGACGAGAGGAGACCAAGGUUUGGCCUCCUCAGAGGCAGGGAGUUCCUUAUGAAAGACCUGUACACCUUUGAUACAAGUGAGGAAACAGCUUGUGACACAUAUGAAGGUGUUGGUCAGGCUUACAGCAGGGUCUUCAACAGACUGGGACUGGACUAUGUCAGAGUUGAGGCAGACCCAGGUGACAUUGGAGGCAGUCUGUCCCAUGAGUACCACCUGCCGGCUGACAUAGGGGAGGAUCAGCUACUCGUCUGUGCCAAAUGCAGUUUUGGAGCAAACAAAGAGGCCAUGGCUGAAGACCAGACGUCCUGCCCCUCCUGUUCAGGUCCCCUCUCCCUCACACAGGGCAUCGAGGUGGGACACACCUUCUACCUCGGAACUAAGUACUCCUCUGUGUUCAACGCAAGCUUUCUCAACAACAAGGGACAGCCACAACUAUGUGAGAUGGGUUGUUACGGUCUGGGCAUGACUCGGAUCCUAGCAGCAGCUCUAGAAGUCCUGUCAUUGGACGAUCAGAUCAGGUGGCCUGGGGUCAUCGCACCUUAUCAAGUCUACAUCAUCCCUCCUAAGAAAGGCAGUAAGGAGGAGUCUGCUUCACAGCUGGCAGAGGAGCUGUGUGACAUCAUUCCUCAACAACUACCUCAUCUCAGGGGAGAGAUCCUAUUGGACGACAGGAGUCACAUGACCAUCGGCAAACGGCUGAAGGAUGCCAAUGUUCUGGGAUACCCGUAUGUUAUAGUAGUAGGGAAACAGGCCCUGGAGUCUGACCAGAAGUUUGAGUUGAUCCAGCAGACAGAACAACAGACACAAACUCACCAUGUCAGCAGGACAGAGCUGCUACAGUUACUCUCCAAGUCUGUCACCAUAUGA